UUCACUUUGUCCUACAGCAAAACAUACAUACACACUAGUUAGAAGUGCUCAGCCAUGUGGGUGAAGAUUCAGCCCUCUCUAAAGAUGGGCACCUUGUGCCACCUCCUCCUCUUCCUCUUCACCUCAGAGGAAGCCUGCGCAGAGUCUGUCAUAAAAAGUGUGCAACUCAUUAUCCAUCCGAGAAAUGAAGUUGAAAGAGGUACAAAUGUGUCAUUGAUAUGUCAGGCAGAAGUGAGCCACAGGCUGGGGUCUCACCCCAACUAUAAAUACAACUUCUACAAAGAUUUUCAGCCAUUAAAUACUGACCAGACCAGUUCUACGGACCACCUCUACUCUAUACCAGAUGCCAGAAUGGCCCACUCUGGGAAAUAUAAAUGUGCUGUUGUCAUUGAGGAGCAAAAGAAGGAGAGCAGUGUCAAAGACCUGACAGUGAAAGGUCUUCAGACACCAGUCCUAACAGUGGAUAAACUGAAACUGAGAGAGGGAGAUGAUGUUACUGCUGUCUGUACAGCAGAGGGAGAAAUAGGUUCUUUGACAUUUAUCUUUAGUGAUGGAUUUGAGGAACUCUACGCGGAGAGCACAGUCAGUCACCGAGUUGAGCGGCAGCUAGCCCUUACUAAAGGAACUGUGAAUAUAUUUUGCUACUAUUCUAUUAAAUUGCAUAGCACAAUAGAACGCUCUAAUGACAGUAAUGUGAUCAGUCUUGACAUUCAAGAGCUGGAGAUCAAUCCCAAUAUUAAAGUCAAUCCAUCAACAUAUGUCAUUGAAGGAGAUCUCAUAACCUUCAGCUGCAGUGUUGAUACAACUUACCAAAGAAAUUCUGAUCUCAAAAUCAAUCUCAUCCAUGGACAUACCAUGCUCAGUUUGAACAUGACACAGACAGAUUACAAAAUGUCUGCUAAGGCUAAUGACUCUGGAGAAUAUGAGUGCAUCUCAAGGCUUGGUGGUGUUUCUAAAACCUCUGCUAUGAACAUCACUGUAAAAGAGCUUUUCUCCAUGCCCUUCCUGAGUAUUCACCCAACUGAGGUUUUUGAGGGAGAACACUUCACCAUCAGCUGUCAAAUCAGCAGCUUUGCCUCGGAGAGGAUUCGAAAGGAUGAUAUAAGAUACUCAAUAUUCCAAGACAAAACACCUGUAAUAAAUGGUAUCAUAUACAGUGGCACUGCAGGCAAAGCGUCCAAUGGGAAAUAUAUAUGUGUUGCUGAAGCCAAAAGGAUUAUCAAAAGGAGCGAGAGGGUGCUGUUUGAAGCAAAAGUUCUCGUUUCAAAGCCUGAGAUCUCAGUUGAUGGUCCUGUUAUCAUGAAUGAGUCAUUUUGGAUUCACUGCCACUCUGACAAUGGAAGUCUGCCAAUUAUCUACUCACUAAAGAGAAACAACAUUACCCUGAACAGGACUGAGGUGUCUGACCUUCAUGAGAAGGCUCGUUUCUUAGCCAUGAUAUCAACUCCUUCGGACAUCAGCAGUUAUAUGUGUGAAGCAGAGAAUAAUGGCCAAGUCUCAAGCAAGAUGAGUGAAAGGCUACAUGUGACUGUAAUAGUUCCAGUAGGGAAGCCCUUACUGACAGUCAUUCCAGUUCCAGGAAACAUUGAAGAGGGCAGUGAUGUUACCCUGAUAUGUAACAUUCCAAAAGGCUCUCCACCUGUCAGUUUUAGUUUUUAUGGAGGCAGUGGCAUAGAAAUCUACAGCACCACAGUUCAAAGUAAUUCAUCCUCAUAUGAUCUGAGUGCAGUAAAGAGACAGCACAGUGGAAAUUAUUAUUGUGAGGCAAAUAACCAGGCAGAUGCUUUGAUAAAGAGUGACACAGUCACAGUCGAAGUGAGCCUGGCAAAGUGGAAAAAGGCUUUGAUUGCUGCGUUCUGCAUGCUUUUAGUGGCCCUGCUGGUCCUUUUCAUCGUUAUGCGCUACAAGGCCAAGCGAGGUAAAAGAGAGAUGGCUGCCGAACUAUCAAUAAAGCCUGCAAGCCCUAAAUCAGAUGACUCUUUAACCCUGAGUCUUACCCAUGACACCCAUUAUAGCGACCACACAGUGGUGGUGCAUAACAAAGAGAGUGUUUGGAGUGAAAGACCUCCAGAUGUUGCUGACCAGGACAGCCUAGGGUCCACAAAUGAAGGUGAUGUAGAGUAUACAGAGGUGGUUCAUCCUCAACCUGUAGAUCCUACACGGCUUCCUCUGAAGAAAGGCACAGAUACUGUGUACAGUGAGCUUCAGACCACUCAAGGGGCUGUUGAACAUGUUAACCAUCAAGGCCUGUUAGAAUAUGCUGAACUCAACCAUGAUCUUCCUGAACCAGUGGACUGAUAGAAGUCAGUCAGCAUCCCUCACCUCCCUCUGGACUACUGUGGCCUAUGUGCCAUCAAUCUUCUGUGUCCUCCACCAACAUUCUCUUUUAAAAAAACAACAACAAAAAAAUGUGAUUUAAUCAUUUAUUUCCCUUUCCUCGUAUGAUUGAUUGUUUGUCCUAUUUGUUACAGUGCUAUACUAUUGUGUGUAUAGUCGGUACUAAAAACCACAUGCUUUUCACAA